UAAUAAUGAAAAUUACUUUACCACUAUUCACACGUGCACAAGAUAUCCACAUUUUCAGCUGAGAGUAGUGGGUAGGAGGAGCAAACAAGGCAUUUGCAGGGAAGAGAAAGAAAGGAAAUGGGAAAACCAAAGGCAGUUAUAGUUGGAGGAAGCAUAGGAGGUAUAUGCAGUGCACAUGCUCUCAUCAGAGCAGGUUGGCAAGUGGUGGUUAUUGAGAAAACUCCAGCACCUCCAACUGGUAGCCCCACUGGUGCUGGUCUUGGACUUGACCCUUUCUCUCAGCAAAUCAUUGGAUCUUGGCUUCAACAAACCCACCUCCUUCAACAAACCACCUUGCCUCUUACAGUUGAUCAAAACCAGGCAACAGAUGGAGAAACAAAAGUGAGCCGGACAUUGGCAAGGGAUGAACAUUUCAAUUUCAGAGCAGCUUAUUGGGCUGAUCUCUAUAGCCUUUUGUAUGGUGCACUACCACUAGAUAUUGUUUUCUGGGGUUAUUUGUUUCUCUCCUUUUCCAUGUACGAUGAUAAAUCAAAAGUGAGAGUCGAAACUAAAGUUCUUCAAACGGGCAUUACAAUUGACAUUGUUGCUGAUUUGCUUAUUGCUGCUGAUGGUUGUCUGUCUUCAAUCAGACAAAGUUUCCUUCCCGACCUUAAAGUGAGAUAUUCAGGUUACUGUGCAUGGAGAGGGGUUCUUGAUUUUUCCGAUAAGAAACACUCAGAAGCCAUUAUUAGCCUUAAGAAAUUGUAUCCAGAUCUUGGGAAAUGCCUGUACUUUGACCUGAGCUCUGGAACUCAUAGUGUAUUUUAUGAGCUAUUGAACCAGAGGUUCAAUUGGAUAUGGUACAUUAAUCAGCCCGAACCAAGCCUCAAGGGGAAUUCUGUGACCAUGAAGGUUAACGAGAACUUGAUUCGGAACAUGCAUGAAGAAGCUGAGAAGACUUGGGCUCCUGAAUUGGUUAGGGUAAUUAAAGAAAUUAAGGAGCCUUUCCUAAAUGUGAUAUAUGAUUGUGAUCCUUUGGAGCAAAUUUUAUGGGACAAAGUAGUGUUGAUUGGAGAUGCAGCUCACCCUACUACUCCUCAUGGUUUGAGAAGUACAAACAUGUCGAUAUUGGAUGCAGCUGUUUUAGGCAAAUGCUUAGAGAAGUGGGGAGUGGAAAACCUGAACUCUGCCCUCGAAGAAUAUCAGUCCAUUCGGCUGCCAGUUGCCUCGAAGCAGGUUCUGCAUUCAAGGAGAUUAGGUCGCAUUAAACAAGGUUUAUCACUUUCAGACCGCCCGUCUUUUGAUCCAAAAACUGCAAGUUCAGAAGAUUGUGAAGAGCUUCAGCAGAAAAACAUGCCUUAUUUUUAUGAUAUUCCCUCCAUAUUGAAGUAAUAUCACUAGUUUUUUUAACUGGCCUGGUGAUUAAAGCAAUGUUGGCUGCAUGAUUGAGCCUCGAGCAUUCUGUAUAUUCUCCCAUGUAGCCUGUGAUUGUGUGUUUUCCGAUGCACCCAAUGUAUAGCUGCAGAGUUGUUAUUGUUUAAUCUGUUUAAAAUUUACGACCUCAUGAAUGUAGUGAACUGCAAAUAAAGCUGAUACUUGACAGCAAAUAUAAUUUUCUAUCAUUGCCUAUA